AUGCUUCGAACAGCGGCAGUCAGAACUGGAUUCUCAGGAUCUUCAGCCUUGUGCGGUCAAGCCGGUUCAAGGCUACUGUGUCAGAAGCCCGGGCUAUCAUCUAUCAGAUCCUUCUCCGCAUCAGCCAACCGCAAUGUGAAAAUUCUGGCUGUUUUAUAUCCUGGCGGAGAAGCUGCCAAGCAGCAACCGCGACUGUUAGGAGCGGCCGAGAACGAGUUGGGCCUGAGGAAAUGGCUUGAAGAUCAGGGCCAUACUCUGAUCACCACCUCUGACAAAGAGGGUCCAAACUCGGUGCUUGAAAGAGAGCUUCCUGAUGCAGAGAUUCUUAUCACCACCCCAUUCCAUCCAGCGUACCUUACUGCCGAUCGAUUAAAGAAAGCGAAAAAGCUCAAGCUUGCUGUGACUGCGGGUGUAGGGUCAGACCAUGUCGACCUCAAUGCCGCGAACAAGACCAACGGUGGUAUCACCGUCGCAGAGGUCACAGGCUCCAACGUCGUUUCGGUCGCUGAGCAUGCGGUCAUGACUAUGCUGGGCUUAGUGCGGAACUGGAUCCCAGCCCACGAACAGAUUGAACGCGGAGAAUGGGGCGUUGCCCAAGUCGCACAGAAUGAGUACGACCUGGAGGGUAAGGUGGUGGGCACAGUCGGCAUCGGGCGGAUUGGCCAGCGCAUACUGCGGAGGUUGAAGCCGUUUGACUGCAAAGAGCUGCUCUACUACGACUACCAGCCUCUCAACCCCAAUUUGGAGGCCGAAAUAGGGUGCCGAAGAGUGGAGAGCUUGGAGGAUAUGGUCGCCCAGUGCGACAUUGUCACUAUCAACUGUCCACUGUACGAGAAGACGUACGGCCUCUUCAACAAGGAGUUGAUCUCGAAGAUGAAGAAAGGAUCAUGGAUCGUCAACACUGCCCGCGGUGCCAUCGUCGUUGCCGAUGACAUUGCAGCGGCCCUGAAGUCAGGCCACCUGAACGGCUACGGAGGGGAUGUCUGGCUUCCUCAACCCGCACCACGAGACCACCCACUUCGCUACGCUAAGAACCCUCUUGGAGGAGGUAACGGUAUGGUACCCCAUAUGUCGGGCACCUCCCUGGACGCACAGAAGCGCUAUGCCGAUGGCACCAAGAAGAUUCUCCAGAGCUACCUGAGUGGCAAGGAUGAUUACGAACCCGCAGAUCUGAUUGUCUACAAGGGAGACUACGCGACACGGUCUUAUGGUCAGAGGAAGGCAGCCUGA